AUGCCUCGGAGGACAUCGAAAAUCGCAACAAUUCUGGUUAUUCCACUCUCCAUCGCACUUAUAUGCUGCUAUAAGCCGUGUUUUGGCUUAUCAGUCCUACAGAAUACGUCAAAAGAUGGGAUUCUAUCAGCAGUUAAGGCCAGAGCUGCAGCUGGAUUCCUCAGAGCAGAUGCAUAUGGCUCUCCAGCAAGGCAUGCCUCACAUGGCAAUGCACAAGUGCACCUCACCUCAAGCCGGAACUCACAGUGGAUCACCAUAAACGAUGGAUCUGGGGGCGAAGGCUACGUAUCAGACACGCAUGAAGCCGGCAAUGAUCGCAACGCCGCCCAUUAUCGCAAUUUCACGCUACAUGCGAAACCAGUCGCAAAUGACCACAGCUUCCCUCGGUCCAGUUUACCGAGGCACGUCACCGUGGAUUACGAAAACCUGCUGAGGUCGCACGAACCCGAGCAGAUCAACUACAACACGAGACUCAGGGACAUGCCGGGGGUGGACAUGGGCGCCCUAGACAAUGUGUAUGGACGCAUUUUCGAUCGCAGGGUGCUGAUAAAGCAGCUCCGAUACUUCCUGGAACGGGAUGAAUUCCACUCAAUCAAGCGGCUCCUCAGCGAAAACAGGCUGCUGCUGACCAAGGAGGACUGCAAUCGAUUUGUCAAUGACGUAGACCACCUGCUUCAGGUGAGGCUGGGAUACCAGGAACCCACGGAUGAGAAUAUGGAGGAAACGAUGCCAUUCCUGGUGGCACGGUACGUGCUGCAACACCUGAUACCGCAGGACAGGCGCACGCUUAGCUGUUAUAAGUGGCUCGAGCCGAAAGAAAUGCCAGCGGAUGUGCCCGAGUAUACCGAGGAUUACGAGGAGCCAAGAGGGACCCCCGAGAAACCGACAAGAGUUGAGGAUACGGUGGCGUACAGGAAGAUCAUGCGGCGGUUGCGCACAGUCCAACCCGACCUGCGCCUCAAGGUCAUGAAGGAGCUGUUCCUGCGCAUAUACAGGGCAAAACGCGGCAAGCUUUUCGAGUGCCUGUGGAAGUACCAGAGGCUGAAGCCGAACGCCGAAGUCUGGCGAAAGCGGAAGAUCCGCAACAAGGUCAACAUCGACCGAGUAUCUCCAUUCCUAUCCAGACCAACGAGGUGCACUGACGAGAUGGUAAAGGAACACACGGCUCACUUUGAGGAGGCAGUGAAUAAAGGCGAUUUGGCAACAGCCUGUAGGCUGCUGAAGCGCUUUGUGCGCCGCAUAGACUGGAAGAACAAUAUGCAACUCAUGCUCAAGUUCAAGGACCUCUUCGGCGAAAUGCACAGAAGCAGGAAGUACAGCCUAGAGGCGCUUAGAAAGCUGCGGAUACUGUAUUGGUCGACCGUCAAAUUCAGAAAGGUGCUCAUCAAAAUAAACGAGCCGGCCAUGGUCCAUGAAGCGGGAAAAACCAUGAAGGAGCUGUACGAGGAACAGCUGCAAAACUGGCGAGAGCGUACGAGAAAGAAGAACGAUGAACUCAUGCGGAAACGUGGAAUAGACAUGGACAAGGUGCGCGACUUCUCCAACAUAUACGGAUUUGACUGGGUGCCCAUACUGUACCCUGAGGAAUACGAGGCGGGGAUAAAGGCGCAGGAGGAGAGACUCAACAAACUGAGAAGGAAGGCUCAGUGGGUCAAGGAAGAGCUGCAGAGGCGGCGGAUACGCGAAAUGGGCGACGGCGACGAACCCGUGCGCAAGAAGGGGAAGACGCCGACGCUAUGGAUCUAA